AAAAGCCUGCAGUUUGUCUCCAUCCUGGGGGCAGGACUCCUUUGCGGGACGGCACUCGCCAUCACCAUCCCUGAGGGCGUGGGUUUGUUGGAGGAUUCGUGGAGAGCCCCCUCCUCUGAUGUACCGUUGGGUCUGAACACCAGUGAGAAAAGCUCCUCUUCCCCGGAGGAGCCCCCUCCUCCUCGGUUCUACAUCGGGCUGGCUUUAACCUUUGGGUUCACCUUCAUGUUCGCCGUUGACCAGAUUGGAGGUUACAUUUCCACGCGUGACCAAACUGUGGAAUCGUCGAGCAGCGUCCACAUCACAGCCACUCUGGGGCUGGUUAUUCACGCUGCAGCUGAUGGAUUUGCUCUGGGUGCUGCUGUGGCCACAGGUCAAGUAACGGUUCAAGUCAUCGUAUUUUUUGCUGUCAUUCUGCACAAGGCGCCUGCAGCUUUCGGUUUGGUCUCCUUUCUGAUGCACGCCGGCCUCGAGAAGAAACACAUCCAGGGACAUUUACUGGCCUUCUCAGCUGCAGCUCCAGUAGUAGCCAUCAGCACUUACUUCAUUUUGCACUCAUCUGGAAACUCUCCUCAGAACCAGCUCAGUGCGACAGGAGUGGGCAUGCUCUUCUCGGCCGGGACGUUCCUGUACGUGGCCACGGUUCACGUUCUCCCUGAAAUCAGCGGCGGCGGCGGCAGGACAGAGGAGCCGCUGUCUGACGUCCAGCAGCUCCCCGAAGCCGACGCCCACAAGCGGCAGCACCUGGGGUUCCUGGAGAGCCUCACGCUCAUCCUCGGUUUGGGGCUUCCGGUCGUGUUGGCCCUCGGGCUGCACGAUGACUGACGGGAAGCGUUGCUUAAUGACUCCGAUUCCAGGGUUCAUUUACCUGCUGGCUGCACAGAACUCAGUUUAACCCUAAACUUUAUGGUCUGCAACUUCCUGACGGCUGAAACCUCCACGCAGCUGUCUGACACCUCGAGGGUCUAAUGUGACAUUUCACUUGUUCACUGGGGUUGUAAUACUAGACUGUAAUAAAGGGAGACAAGAAACAAA